GGCGGCAGCGGCGCAGGGGCUAUUUGCCCGCAGUUGCCCAGCUGUGGCGGCCGCGCGGGGAUGGUGUAGCCGGGCCUCCGGGCAGGCGGCGGCGCGCGGGCCGAGGCGAGGCGGCCGGAAGGGCCGACGCCGACUGACCGGCUCGAGUGUAGCGGCAGCACGCUGAGGGGGCGUCGCCGCCGCCGGCCCCCGGCGCCGCCGCGGGAGGCCGCGCCCGCCAUGGCGGCCCGGGCGGUGCUGGACGAAUUUACGGCGCCAGCCGAGAAGGCGGCGCUGCUGGAGCGGAGCCGCGGCCGCAUCGAGGGCCUGUUCGGCGUGAGCCUGGCGGUGCUCGGCGCGCUCGGGGCUGAGGAACCUCUGCCCGCGCGCAUCUGGCUGCAGCUCCACGGGGCGCAGGAGGCGGUGCACAGCGCCAAGGAAUAUAUUAAAGGAAUCUGUGAACCUGAACUAGAAGAAAGAGAAUGUUACCCCAAGGCCAUGCACUGCAUUUUUGUUGGGGCUCAGAGCCUGUUUCUGAAGAGCUUGAUUCAGGACACCUGUGCCGAUCUCUGCAUUCUUGACAUCGGUCUUCUGGGCAUCAGAGGAAGUGCCGAAGCUGUGGUCAUGGCUCGGAGUCACAUUCAGCAGUUUGUAAAGCUCUUCGAGAAUAAUGAGAACCUACCCAACAGCCAAAAAGAAUCAGAGGUAAAAAGGGAAUUUAAACAAUUUGUUGAAGCUCGUGCAGACAGUUACACAAUGGACUUGUUGAUUUUGCCCACUUCCUUGAAAAAAGAACUUUUGGCACUGACCCAGGGCGAGGAGAAUCUAUUUGAAACAGGAGACAAUGAUGUUGUUGAAAUUAGAGAUUCUAAACAAAGAGAGUUUACGCAGAGUGCUGCCGCAGGGCUGAAUAUUUCCAGAGAUGAAAUUGUUUUGCAGGAAGAUGCAAGAAACAAAGCUGGGACUCCCGUUACUGAGCUUACAAAACAAAUGGACACAAUCUUUUCUAGCUCACAAGAUGUACUUUUUGUUCCAAUAAAUGGACUAACCCCAGAUGAAGAGGCGCUUUCCAAAGAUAGAGUUUGUCACAAAAGGAGAUUUUCUGAUUCUGAAGAAAGGCAUACCAAGAAACAGUUUUCUCUGGAAAAUGUUCAAGAGGGAGAGCUUUUACCUGAAGGUAAGACAUUAGCUGGAAAUGUAAUCAUUGACCUAUCUGAUUCUUCUACUGAUGCCGAAAAUUUAAAUCCAGAUGUAAAAGACACUACUGAGGAAAUGGAAUACAAUAUCCUUGUCAACUUUUUUAAAACCAUGGGCUAUUCUCAAGAAAUUGUUGAAAAGGUCAUUAGAGAGUACGGGCCAACUACUGAACCAUUAUUGCUGUUGGAGGAAAUUGAGAAAGAAAAUAAAAGAUUCCAAGAAGAGAGAGAAUUUUCACCUGGUACUAUGUACCCAGAGACUAACAAAACCAAAAAUAAAGGUGUUUGUAGCAGCGUAAAUGAACUUACGACAGAUUCCACUCCAAAGAAAACACAGACUCACGCACAGCAAAACAUGGUAGAAAAAUUUUCUCAGCUACCAUUCAAAGUUGAAUCAAAACCAUGUACCUCAAAUUGCAAAAUUAAUACUUUCAGAACAGUGCCAAUAGAACAGAAACAAGAAAUCUGGAGUUCAAAUCAGAACUACGUUUGUAACAUAGACCUUGAAACCGAUGGCCUUUCACCCUCUGUUGCCCCUUCAAGUCCCAAAGAAGUUGUCAAUUUUGUUUCAAGAGGAGCUUCAAGUCACCAGCCCAGAAUUCCAGUUUUUCCUGAAAACGGUUUGCAGCCGCAAGCAGAGCCCUUGCUUCCGAAUAAUAUGAAGUCUGCCUGUGAAAACCGUUCGGGAUGUGGUGGCUCUCCUCAGUCCAAGCCAAAUUGCCCACCCCUUUCUCCACCGAUGCCGCUGCCCCAUCUGUUACCUUCAGUGACUGAUGCCAGGUUGGCAGGACCUUCUGAGCAUAUUGAUUCCUCAGUUACAGGGGUUCAAAGGUUUCGAGAUACUCUGAAAGUGCCCUACAAGCUGGAAUUAAAAAAUGAACCAGGGAGAACAGAUCUGAAGCACAUUGUUAUAGACGGCAGCAAUGUUGCAAUUACCCAUGGUCUGAAAAAGUUCUUUUCUUGUCGUGGAAUUGCAAUUGCGGUUGAAUAUUUUUGGAAGCUUGGCAACAGAAACAUCACUGUAUUUGUCCCACAGUGGAGAACAAGGCGUGAUCCUAAUGUCACAGAACAGCACUUCUUAACCCAGCUCCAGGAGCUCGGAAUAUUAUCUUUAACUCCUGCACGGAUGGUCUUUGGAGAAAGAAUUGCUUCUCAUGAUGACAGGUUUCUGCUGCACUUAGCAGACAAAACUGGUGGCAUAAUUGUAACAAAUGAUAACUUCAGAGAAUUUGUGACUGAGUCAGCCUCUUGGAGAGAAAUAAUUACAAAAAGGUUGCUCCAGUAUACCUUCGUGGGGGACAUAUUUAUGGUUCCCGAUGAUCCUCUGGGAAGAAGCGGACCUCGAUUAGAAGAAUUUCUUAGGAAGGAAGUCUUCCUUAGGUGAAGACUUAGUUCCCAAAGGUUCUGCUUCUCUGCCUGCACCAGGAGCAUAGCAGCCAUUUUUUUAACACCUGCCAGCUGUCUGUACCUGUCAUUUUUCUUCCAGAAGUCUUAACUUGGAAAUCCUCUGCUCGGCUUUAAGACCUGAGGCCUGUGUGCAAGCAUCAAGGCCAAGGCUCAGACUUAAUGGAAGGAGCGUUCUCUGGCUCCUUCUGCAACCUCAGCAGCCUGGCAGCAGGGUCAUUCCCCGCUCACCUAAUGGCUCCUUACAAAAGUGUUAACUAAUUGAGUAAGAGGUUGGUGAUUGCUGCCCCCCACAGAGGGACUGAGCUUUUGAAGUUGGGAAAAGUGUUUCUCCAGCCUCUUUUCAGCUGCAGUCAGAGUCCAGGGGGAGGCUGUUUAACAGUGUGGAUGCCCUGUGCCCACUCCCUUAUACACACUCAUAUGGGCAUCAGCAUCUCACCCAGGCCUCUCUGCCCAAAGUGGGUUCCUUUUUCUGAGCCCAUCAACCAGCUCCCCACAGAGAAUCAGAUUCCGAAGAAGACAAGGGCCCUGUUUCCAGAUCUUUUGAAAGCUCCCAGGUGACUCUUGUGCGCCUGAUCUAGAGCCAGGCAGCCAGGUCGGCCAGUCUUCCCAGCAGCAGGCCAGGGAGGUGACAGGGAUGGCUCUUGAAGAGCCAUCAUUCCCUGUCAAGAGCAGUCUGGAGUUGGUGUCAGUGGCAUCCCGGCGGGCCCCUCUGUGGGCAGCUGCCAGGCAUGCUGUGGCUGCAGUCCUACAUCUUGCCUUCAGAGGCCAGGGAGCAGGAGCCCCUUGAGCCUCAAGGUGAGCAGCUGGUGUUUUCAGACAGAUUUCUUACUUAUAACCCAGCUCACCAGGACUUGCUUCCAUUCACAGAGAUAUGCAGCCCCUGCUCAACGCCCUGCCAAAUGUGGGCAUAUUUGACCCCAACUUCAGAGUCCCUGGCCCUCCUCAGGCAGGCAGCACCAGCCAUCAGCCUCCGGCCCGGAUCCAGGGCACGCCACCCAGCCACUGGCUUCCUCAGCAACCCCGCUUCCCGCUGUUGUCGAACCUGUCCGGCAUCCAGCAGAACCUGCCCAUGCCAGCACAGCGAUCUGCUGCCGAAACCAACGAGCUGAGGGAAGCCCUUCUGAAGAUCUUCCCUGACUCAGAGCAAAGACUGAAAAUCGACCAGAUCUUAGCAGCUCAUCCGUACAUGAAAGAUCUGAACGCGCUCUCCGCCAUGGUGUUGGACUGAAGCUGUCGGGAGCUGGGGCUCAGGGCUGAGGACGCACUCGCGCUGGUAUCCGCACGGCACAGCCGCAAGUGACGUAAUGUGAAGAAACCAAUUUCCCAGUGGAAAUGCUGUUGUAGUGUAUAGAAAAAAAACAGAUGUUCUGUGUAUAAAAAAAACCUGGGUUUUCAAAACCAGCUUUUUUUCUAUAUAUAAAUUAUGCUGCUAUUACAGAUUUAACAUUUUCUGUAAAAGGAAAGUCUACAUUUUCUGCCUGUUCAGAACUGUUUAAUAGCAGUUACUCUUGAGUGUACUUACAUUUUUAUGUUUUUUAAACUAUUUUCCUUAACGCUGAAAAUAAUUGACAAAUGGAUAUGAUUAGCCUUUCUAAAUAAAAAAAAAAAAAGUUGCUUUCUUAGGGAAAGCAAGACCUCUUAAAGUAUAUUUUCUUGAGAUGACUAUGUCAUGUCCACUAACAUGCAGCGUGCUCAUCCCUCCCAGCUUCCUCUACCCUCAUCCCUGGAAUUAGAGCCCUUGGAGUUAACUUGCCUUCUCUGGGGUCUUGUCGUUGGAGCCAUUUGUGAGUGGACAAGUGGUGCCACUAGAUGGCACCUUGUGCCCAGCCAUUAUUAGUGACCAGGGCAAAGGUGGCCGCAUAGAGUAUCAGGGCUGGAAGAAACUAGAGUCCAUCUAGUCCAGCCCCUCUUCCCUCCUCCCUGCAGCAGAGGGAGCUGGGCUCAGAGUGCCCCCGUCUGGACGCACCCAAGUCCACAGCUGUGGACCGGACUCCUGUCCAGGGCUCGCUGUCCCUGACGGACUCUAGAAGUCACGUCUUCGCUUCUGAGGUAAUAGUGAGGUGUGAGGAAGUCGAGUGAAGAGCCUCAUUGUGAGAGUACUUUUGUGUCCACAACCAUGGGAAAUGCCCCAUAUGAAGUUUGUGCAGCUUUGCCAAAAAAAAAAAAAAAAAAAAAUGGUUUUCUAUUCUCAAAAAUGACCCAAGCCAGUAAAUAGCAUCAGUCGCUUCUGUGGGGGCCCAGAGCCCCGUAUUUAUUUUUCCUGUGUUUGUCUCUAGUGUCCUCCUAAGCUGCCUUUCCCCUGAGUCUUUCUCAGAACAGAUAUCUCAGUAUUGUGUUUUCAGUGUGGCCCAAUGUUUUGUGUCAGUGAAAUUCUUUUUCUGGAAAAUUAAUUCCUAACAUCUUGAGUGUUCUCCUGACCUUCAAAGGGCUUUGUAUUUUAUACCUGUUCCCUCCACAGGCUGCUCACGGUCAGUUUUACAUCUGCCCUGUAGCUCACUUCUCUUCUGGCCCCCGAAACGCUGCCGAGGCCUUGGUGCUGGUUUGUUCUUCGUGGUGAGAGGACUUCGUCGGCCAUGAGCGAUGUGGGUGGCUCCCCACAGUGCUCCCUCCAGGCAUGUGUGAUCCCCACUCCCCUUGAGGGGUGAGUCCAGAGUCCUGCAGGUGGCCAGCCUUGUGCUUCAGCUCUCUUUACUCCUGGCUGCUCUUAAGCCACACCAUGACGUGAAAUUGGUUGUCAGCUGUGGAGCAGGUUGGGCCGAGGCACCCACCCAGCUUCGGAUGUGGAGUGAGAAGACUCGAGUCUGGCCAGGAAGUGACUUCAGUCACAGCACCUGUGCCUCAGCUUCACAACCGGUGGUUUUUAAAAAUGACAGCAGACUGUUGAGGGCUAGGACCGUCUGCAGUGACUCCGACCUUCCAGGUCAAGGUUUGGGCCUGUGGCCUUGCCAAUCCAGCCCUCCAGUUUCAGAGAAGGACCCAGGGGGUGUGUCUCGGUUGCCAGGGCUUCAUCGCAGGUCUUCCUGGAAGGGGUGGAGCCUCCACUGAUACCUAGAGGUCAGGAGUUUUUUGGAAUCUAGAAGUGACUUGGCCUUUGAAUAUGUGACCCUCCGAGGUCUUAGUAUUGUUUCUGAGAGCUCUUUCUGCCCCUUUCCUCAUUCUUGGGUACAGGAAGGAAGAAAUGCAGAUGUUGAGGUGGGAAAAGUUCAGAACAGCAUUACUCACUCACCUUGGACAAUUAUAACAUGAAACAAAAUUCAUAAUUCUUUCUCAAGUCGCUCAAGUUGAGUUAUAUUUAAUAUUUAAAAACUCAAUUCUCAAACCAUUAUUUACAAAGUUAUUCCUAUUCUCAGACUCCUCCUAGUACUAAGCUCAGCGUUGACGCUACGAAAUAGUUUUCGAUGGUCCACCUCCCGUGGUGGAUUUCUAAGCCAGCACUUUGGGGGCCUCAGCAGCAGUGCUGCUUGUAACUCCUCCAGGCUGCCGUGCCUGGUGGCUCUGCGUCCUGUAUUUCACAGUGUUCCUGUGAAGUGGGUGUCAGGGCAGAGGACCCCUUCCCCCCCCCCCCCCCCCCCCCCCCGUCCAGUAGACAAGUCUGGUGCCUGGAGAGCUCGUCCAGAGUUAAAGAGUAAGGAGGCGGUGAUGCUGAGUGAUUCCCAGGCCUCAGGCUGCUGCCUCUGAAGGCAGAAGAAGGACUGGUUUAACCUUUCUGUCAAGUAGCCUGUGUUUGAGCCCCUGUAGGCCACCAGCUAGAAAAACAGGAAGGUGGCCUCUUGGCCAUCCUGGUUGAGGGGUCGGCAUUGUUCCGACAGGCUUCAAGAGGUGAGGCUGUGUCGCCAGGUAUCGUUGUCCUGUUACAGCUUUGGCUCUCAGUGAAAGGAGAGAGUCUUGCUUUUUUUGCUUAGGCUUAUUGUGGCUCUUGUGAUCCCCAUGUAGAAACCCAUGAUGCUCUGAACGGACCCCACCCCCCGCCAGGUCCCAUGCCCCUCCCCCUACCGUGGGAAAUGGCCCCGGGUGCCCCAGAGAUGGGCCUCGGCCUGGCCUGCCUCCCACAGCCUCCCGAGACGUGGCCUUCUUCUGGAACUCCCUCCCCACUUUCACCCCCACCCCGCCACCCCCACCGGCAGCAACCAGCAGCCCUUCUGUGUCCCCACCCGUCCUUCCUGUGGCCCUGGGCCCUCCUCCCCUCAUCUCCUAACUGUAGUUUGUUCAGUUCCUCUGCCUCACUCCGUUUCGUUUCUUCAUCAUCUACCUCUCCAUUACUCCCCGCGUGUUUCAGAUCCUUGCCACGAAAAGAACUUGAUUUCUCUAAGCAUCGUCUCCGCUCACCGCGUUCCCUCCCCCUCCCACUCCUCACUUCCUCGUCCGCAAGCUGGGCCUCCACCCCACCACACGGACAUAGUUUGGAAGCCACCGGGGACGAUUCCGUGGCCAAGUGCAGUGGCCUUUCCUCUCUCCUCCAUCCCCACGUCCACACUCAGUGACCAUGGCACGCCAUCGCUGACCUGACUUUCCCUCUUCUCCAAGAUUGCCUCACUCCUAAACAGUCUUCAUUCCUUUUCCUUGUUUUACCUAAAGGCUGGUUUGACAGGUGGUUCUCAAACUUUGGACCAGCUCUGGGGCUCAUGGCAGGGAGGGCAGCUCCGAGGGCACUACUCAGUAGCUCUGGAGUCCAGCCUGGCUGGCAUCUGCAGCUUCAGCAAACCCCAUGCAGGGGGUCCUAGACCACGUUUGAGAAGCUCUCACCCUUAGGGUCCCCACGCCUCCCUGAUUCCAGCUGUCCCCUUUGCAGUGACUCCUGGUCCCAGCUCCAGCCCUCCUCUUUAGGAAUGCAUUUCUGACUCUACCUAGAAGCCCCGGGACAGCCUCAGACUCACUCCCCAGACCCUCGGCUUGUCUAGGUUCCUUGCUGCCCCGUCCCGCCCAGCCAGCCACAAGGGUCCCUUGUCCACCCUUGUCCCUUUUUGGCCAUUGCCCCCCUAGUCGUGCCCUCAUGGCCUCCCUGUGGGCAUCAGCCUCUGACCAGGCAGUCACCCCUCAGCUUUCCCCGCCUCCCCCCAGACUGCCCAGCUGCUAGUGUAUCCAAUAAAAACACAGUUCUGGACAGCCCUCCUGUUAAUUCAGUGAUCAGUGGCUCACUUGACCAGAGCAUCAAGUUCAGACCUCCCUGAGCUUGGUAUCUGUGGCUGUCCACCCCCCGGUCCCACUUGAUGGCCCGCUUUGUAUCGCCCACCCUCUCACUACAGGCACCAUCUCCUCCAUUAGCCCUGGGCUUCUGCCUCCGUGUGCAUCUCUUCUCUGCUGGAAAUGCCCUUUCUCCCAAGUGGCGUUUGGCGUCCCUCCUCAAAGGCCCAGCCCUGAGUCCCCCUGUCCCCUUGCCCAAAGCUUCUGACCAGAAGCAGCCUCGCGGUGUUCUGUGACCUCACAGCACUUGUGUCUUGCUUUCGGCGCUUGCCCCUCUGGCCGGUGUCACUGCCGCUAUUGUGUACUGUGUCUUACCUCCCUUUCUAGACUGUGAGCUCCUCGUGGGCAGGGCUGUCUGUGUUCACUUUCUGUAUUUCCCAUGGCACCUAGCACAGUGCCUUGCACUUCAUAGGUGCUUAAUAAAGUCUGCUCAAUUGAA